CGCCAUAUAUGCAUUGACGGAACGCCAGGUCUCAGCCUCGCUUAUUUCCAUGAUGCAAAGGAUUUAUUCUCGGAGAGGCGAAGUAAACUUGAGAUCGUCGUCGAGAUAGUAUAAAGCGACGAGACCGAGCUGAACAAUGUACUCCGUACCUGGCCUUGCAGUAUACAUAUUCAUUACUGCAUCUAUUAGCCAUUGAGGCAGGCUGAUCACACUAUGCGGGGUCCAGCUCUUAUCUUCGGCCUUGUAUUGGCUCUUUUCGUGGCAUAUGCCCAAAGCUCCCUGACAAAACGGGCAGACAACUCUUUUGCGGGCACCAAUCUGUACUUCCUCCACGCACUGCCCAAGGUUGAACAAGAAACGUAUGUUCAGACCCUUGCUGGGUGGGGAGUCAAGUUGGUCAGACUUUGGGUAACGAACGUUGACACUGGUUGUCUCAAAGGGAGCACUAUUGUGGACGCUGUUCCGCCACUGGAAGCCAUUGUCGGGACUUACGACACAACGGUCCUCAACAAGCUGGAUGACACGCUGAAGCUGUUGCACGAGAACGGCAUCAAGGCUAUCAUCUCACCUCAUAAUGCAAACUCGCUGACCGAGGCAUAUCUUUGCGACGCGUACUGCAAUAAGUACACGGACGGUACGACUUUCUAUUCGUCCACAGAGGCGAAGGCAGACUACGACAACCGCCUCGAGGCAAUUUUAAAUUAUCAAUCUCCAAACUUCAACAAGCCAUGGAAACAACUCUCAGAGGUGAUCUAUUCAUUCAACCUCCAAAACGAACCACUCAUCGGACAAAUCGCCAAGCUUCAGGCAAACGACCCCGAUGACUGGCUGUGUGGACGGGCGGGAAAAAUCCGCGAACUACUGGGAUACUCUCCCAUCAAAGUGUCGACCGGCGGGGUGGGUGGUUCACAAUAUUGCUGUGACCAUGAAUUCAACCUGCUGGAGAAAGCCCUGCAGUGCGAUGCCUUGGACAUCAUGAGCGUCCACGGCUACAUGAGCAAGGCCAGCGACUGGGCUUACUUCAUCACCGGAGACAAGUCAACGCUUCGCGACGGAAAUGCCGCAGGGAAGCUCGUAAUGGUAGAGGAGUGGGGAGUUUCGGUGGACUUUGAGGAAGAUUUCGAUACGCAGGUGCAGGUGUUCAACGACGCUGGUGUUCCAUGGCUUUAUUGGCAGGUGGUACCGGGACUUGACGGCUCACAGCCAGGCGCCCCCUCGAGCUGCGGAUAUGAUUCUUUCGAGAUUGGGGUGAAUAGUCCCAAGGGAGAUGUUGCGAGCGCAGUAGCUGCAGCGAAUGCGGCUAUUGCCAAUCAGACUUGGUCCGGGAUUUAAGUAGUACAUCCAAUGUAUGGUAGCUUUUCGGCUCAUGUUGUUCUUGUUGCAUACUUCGUAGAGGGGAUCCCGAGGGUGGAUACUUAUGGAUACUCAAGUCUGUGGGUGCUAGUGAAGCCACAUUC